AUGGCCGAGUUCGCCGGCCUCUCCGUCCUUUGGAUAAUUCUCGCCGUGCUCGCGCUCAUCGCGGUCGUAGCUGCGAUCGUCUGGGCGGUGCGCUGCGCCAUCGCUCGGCGCGGCGCCGAGUCAAGCCAUGCGAAGGAGGGACUGCUGAACAAGGAGGCGCUCUGCGCGAUAUGCAAGGGGCUGCUCGCCGGCGGGGAGAAGUGCCGGCGACUGCGCGUGUGCGGCCACGUCUACCACGCCGAGUGCGUCGACCCGUGGCUCAGGAGGAAGACGAUCUGCCCGCUGUGCCGGGCCAAAGUCGAGGUGUCGCGCACGGACAUCGUCGACGCGAUGGUGUGA